AUGAGCUUAAGUCCAUCAAUCUCUGAAUCGAUAACAAAGAGUAACGGUCACGAGUUGGAGCUGAAGGUGGAAGUAGGACGUCCGGCUCUGGUUCCUCCUGCAGAGGAAACUCAGAAGGGUCCAUACUACCUUUCUAACCUUGAUGAAAACAUUGCAGUUUUAGUUCGCACAAUAUAUUGCUACAGAUCAAGUGAAAAAGGCAAUGAGAAUGCAGGAAAAAUAAUCAGGAAAGCCAUGGAAAAGGUUCUGGUUCAUUAUUAUGCACUCGCCGGUAGGCUAAAGAUAAGCUCGGACGGGAAUCUUAUUGUUGAUUGCACUGGAGAGGGAGCUGUUUUUGUUGAGGCAGAGGCAAAUUCUACACUUGAAGAACUCAGAGGCAUAACUGAUCCUCUGAUUCUUGGGAAAUUAGUUUAUGAAAUUCCUGGCCCUAAGAGUAUGGAUAAACCUCCCUUGGUUGCUCAUGUUUAA